AGUUGCAGACGACGAAGAAGCUGCAUCUCAUGGCAGCUCACGCCGUGUUUGGGACAACGAGUCAGAGGGAGUGGCGUAUUCGUACUCUUUCUUCCACUUUAUGUUUGGACUCGCAUCGCUUUACGUUAUGAUGACAUUAACCAGCUGGUACAAUCCUGACAAUGAUCUCACACAUCUGAAUAGCAAUAUGGCAUCUGUUUGGGUGAAGAUUGUGUCCUCCUGGCUUUGUGUGGCACUUUACGGAUGGACCUUAGUGGCUCCUGCGCUAUUUCCUGACAGGGAGUUCUAA